AUGUGCACGCCCAAGCUCCGCACUGGCCGGGCGGAUGUCUCAAAGGAGGUGAUGGAGAAGUGGAAGCUGGGGGGGGAGAGCCGCCGACAGUUGUUGGACACUUUGGUGGAGGUGAAGGGGGACAAAGAAGCUUUCAAGAAAUCCAUCGAAGUUUGCUUCACCAAGGGCCGCAAGAACACCAUCAAAAUUUCUGCGGGCUGGUAUUCGAAGGACCGCAUGAAGACCGUGCUUGGAUUUGGGAAGCAAAGAAUCAAGGCUGUUGUGAACUACUGCAGCGUUCCGGAGAGGAAGAAGAUGCUCACGCGGUAUGACAAGUAUGAGAAGAAUGUGCGGGAGUACUGGGUGCAGGAGCAGGAGUCCGGAUCUUUUGAGACCACCGAUGAGCAGCAGCUCCGUGACACUACCGUGAUGGCCCAGAAUGCUGAGACCAAUCAGGUGAACUUGGCGCCCCCGCCCUCCGGCCCGUUGUCGCCGCCAGCGCAGUCCUCGGACGACGAGCAAAGCAUGAGUGAGGAUGAGGAGUCCGGCCGCCCCAAGAAAAAGACAAAGAAGGAAAAGACAGGGGCUGAUUUCGAUCAAGAGCACCGCCUUGAGGCCACAUGUGUGUGUUUUCCCACCUGUCCGAUCCAAUUCACACACAAUUACAGAUCGAUCGAUCCCUUAUCCCCCGCCCUGCCGUAG